AGCAUACCAAAAUUUAAGGUCCCAAAGAAGGGAUAAAGAAAUCCGUCACGGCAUAUUCUUCUGCAAUUGCUGCUAGUCUUGCAAUUUAAGGUCCUGUUUGGCUGCCAUCUUCUUCGCUACGCAUCUUCUUCCUCUGACAUUCAACCACCAUUUUCUCUCUCGCUUUCCUCUUCCGAUCUCUCACACCUGAUUCUAAAGAGACAAUCUUGAUUCUCCUCACAAGUCAAAAUUCAAACAAGCAUGGCGACCCCUGAAGUCUUGCAAGGAGAAGAUCUCAUCUUUUCGGCCCUCUUUGACAAUCCCAAAGGAGAAAAUGUGAAGUCCCGAGGGUUUGCUAUUGAGAAGAAGAUUGAGUUACUUGAAAACUUGGCUGGAAAAGUCAGCAACCGAAGAUCUCGCAGAUGGUUGAAUGACCGUCUACUGAUGGAAUUGGUUCCUCGCUUGAAUGCUGAAGAAAUUAGAGGGUUGUUUGCUCCGCCACCUUUUGGUGAUGAUGUGCCUCUCUCACCAUUUUGCAUGACAAAUCUUGGAGAGUGGGACAAGUUCAGGAACAUUGACAUGGAUAAAGAGGCUACCAUGAUGAAGGCCCUUGAAAGUUCAGUGUCAAAGCGGAAAAGUUGCACUAAUAAUGGUAAGGCUGCAGUAUUAACCGCAUGGCAUAGAGUGGAUUGUCGAACAAGAGAGGCACUUCGCCGUAACUUUCUUCCAGAACUCAUCAAUAAUUAUGAGGAGUGUCUUCAAACUUUUAUCAAAGAGAGUGGCGAUGGGGAUGUGCUGGACCUGUCUGUUCAAGAUCCUUUCCAUCGUUUGUUAUUGCAUGGUGUUUGUGAGGUGGAUGCGUUUACAGACUCGGCCUUCAAAGGAAACCCCGCUGCUGUUUGUUUGUUAGAGGAAGACAGAAGCGAUGAAUGGCUACAAGCUGUUGCUCGGGAGUUCAACAUCUCCGAGACUUGUUAUCUAACUCCAAUCGCUCACUUCUCCGAUUCCGGCAAUAGUACUGCCACUCCCCAUCCCAAAUUCCGUCUUCGCUGGUUCACUCCCGUGACCGAGAUGGAUCUAUGUGGACAUGCAACACUAGCAGCUGCAUAUUUCCUAUUUCUUUAUGGUUUCGUCAAAACUGAUAUCAUCGAGUUCUUGACCCUAUCUGGGAUUUUGACUGCGAGAAGAGUGCCAGACAAGAAAGAAGGCUUCUUUGUUGAGUUAGAUUUUCCAAUUGUCCAUGUCUUGGAGACCAACUAUGCUGAGAUUCCACCAAUCUUGAAGAACUUUAACAAAGCAUCUGUGGUUGAGAUCAAUAAGACUGACAAGGAUGACCUCUUUGUUGUGCUUCCAUCAGGGGAAGCUGUUGCAGGAUUACAACCACAGUUUAAUGAGAUACAAAAAUGCCCAUUUAGGGGAGUGAUUGUUACAGGACCUGCUUCUCCAGGAUCUGGAUUUGAUUUUUAUAGUCGGUUCUUUGCCCCCAAAUUGGGAGUUCUAGAGGAUCCUGUUUGUGGAAGUGCUCAUUGUGCCUUGGCUUCCUAUUGGCAUAAGAUGCUAGGGAAACGGGAUUUUAUUGCUUAUGCGGCAUCACCUAGAAGUGGUGUGGUGAAUGUGCGUAUAGAUGAGGAGAACCAAAGAGUAUUUCUGCAAGGGAAAGCUAUUGCAGUGAUGGAAGGUUCUCUUUUGGUUUAGUAUAGGAAGUUCAUUUAUGGAAAAGUUGAUGCAAAUCAUGCCUGUGUUAAGAGAAUGCCUCAAAUGAAGACACAGAUCAUUAAAAACACAUUGAUGAAUCAAUUCAGACUACAGAGCUUCUCAGAAAUGGGUUUCUUCCUAGCUAGCUUAUUCAACAACAGAAAAAUAGUGCUAAAAUGCCCUUCUUAAAAUAUAUUUCCUUGUUAUAUCUUA